GUAGCUGCAACCAUUGCUAUAACUUGUUUCAGGGGAAGUCAGAAAGGGGUAGUUACAUUUCACUGCUACAAGUUUUCUUUUCAAAGACCUAAGCCGUCAGAAGCACCCUCAGAUGUCAUCCAGCAGCCCAAACUGUUCACUAAGGAAACCCGAUUAUCUCCGAUUCCAGGGGCUUCCUCAAGACUGGGAGCACUGAUUCUGCAUAGACCUGCCCUUAUGCAAGUGAUUACCAUUGCAUGUGUGGCCCUCAGCAUUGCCCUGACGUGUGGAAUCACUAUUUCCUAUGUGAUAUAUCGACGGGUACAGGCCGAAGAAAGGCAAAAACUCGUGUCACUUUAUAAAAAUGUCAGGAUCCCAUUGUCGGGAGACGAAGAGGAGGGCUCCGGGGGUGAGCCCGGUGAGGCCACUUACCUGCUUCCAGAGAACGAGGCGGGGCUGGAGAAGCUCGUUCCUGCGGGCAAAGGGCCGGCCAGCGAGUCUCGUCGGCCCCAGAGUCACCUGAACCCCGGGCCGCAGGGUUCGGCGUCCAGAGGCAAAGCUGAGCGGGAGUUGGGGUUUGAGUUGGGAAAGGUGAGUAUCACACCUGGAGAAAUAAACUUCCCUCAAAGUACCCAGAGGGGCGAAUGGCCGUCGGGUUGCCAGUUUCCUCCUGCAGGGCGAUUCCAGGCGUGAGAACAGAGGUCAGGACACUAAACGUCCCCCUCCGGCGCGCCCAGCCCUGCGGCCGUGUCCCGAGUCCGGAGCAAGAUCGCUAGUCCCAGGCCCAAGACCCUGUAAGAGAGAUGCCCGCCAUGCCAGCGGAUCCUUGUGGGGUGGGGGGGGCGAUAUACGUGCUCAUCUAAACCUCAUUUUGUAGUUCUGAGACUCUUGGGUACCUGCUCAAAAAAAUUCAAAGGCAAAACUGUAGAGAGGCAGCAUCUGUCGGCCGCAUUGACCGAGCCCGUGUGGGUGUCCUGCACAAACCGCAGGGGGACCUCAGACAGGGCCCAAGGCCAGGGGCAGAGGGGGGCCGGCGCCUGCCCGGGCCCCCAGCCCCGGCAAAGGAAGCAGGGUCUUCACUGUCUUUUCGUUACAUCGAAUUAGAACUUUUUUAUAUUCUUUCCCUCCCUGCCCCUGCCUCAUGCUUUUACAAAGCUUGAAUACAGAGAGUGUGAAAAUAAUUUUAAAAUUCAGUUUUCACUGUCCUUAUCAGACAAAUAACAUUCAUUAUAUCCUGAAAAUCCCACUAUUUAUGCCUUUCUUUUUCCAUGCUU